GGGGGGCUGCCCGGCUGGAGUCGGACGCCUGGGUCCCAUGCUUGCUCUAAGCGGGGUUGGAGCGGGAGCUUCCCUCCAGCCCCGAGGCAGGAUGCCGGAGCCAGACACCCGCUAUGAUGUGGGGCGCUGGGCCAGCGCCAGCCUGCGCACCCCUCCCACCAUGGCCACCCAGCCUCCUGCCCGGCCUGAGCGCCGGCGCCGCGGUGUCUUCAGCAAGGUGUGCGCCUGCUGCCGCUGCUGUGCUGGCCGCAAUGAUGAUGCUGACUGGGGCCCUGCACCCGGCGAGGUCCCUGGGGAGCGCCGUGCCGAACCCGUGGUGAGAGAGGGCAUGCUGGUGCUGAACACGGUGGAUCUGCAGAGCAUCCGCACGGGGGCCACGCGUCGCGCCCACCACACAAACGAGUACGAGUCGGAUGCACUGAUUGUGCGGCGGGGGCAGCCUUUCACCGUGCGCCUCGGCUUCCGCCAGCCCUACGACCCUGAGGAGCACCGUGUCUGCCUAGAGUUCCUUCUCGGCCCGACGCCACAGGUGGCUAAGGGCACCCACAUGCUGGUGCCGGUGGGCGCUGCAGGGACGCAGGGCUGGCAGGCCGAGGAGGUGGACAGCACGGGCACCACUCUCACAGUGCGGGUCACCUCGGCACCCACUGCCCCCAUUGGGUGCUACAGGCUGGGCGUGAAGACGCGGAGCCCUGCAGGGGAGUACGCUGCGCCCUUCGACCCCCGCCACCAGGUCUACCUGCUCUUCAACCCCUGGUGCUCCAGGGACUCGGUGUACCUAGACAAUGACAACUUGCUGGAGGAGUACGUGCUCAACGAGAGUGGGCGCAUCUUCUACGGCACUGACGCCCAGAUCGGCGAGCGCACCUGGAACUAUGGGCAGUUUGACCAGGGGGUGCUGGACGCCUGCCUGUACAUGCUGGACCGGCGUGGGAUGCCUCAUGCGGGUCGCGGGGACCCCAUCAAUGUCUCCCGCGUCGUGUCCGCCAUGGUGAACUCACUGGAUGACAAUGGGGUGCUGAUUGGCAACUGGACGGGCGACUACUCGCGUGGCACCAACCCAUCGGCCUGGGUGGGCAGUGUGGACAUCCUGCGGCAGUACCACCGCUCUCAACAGCCUGUGCCCUAUGGCCAGUGCUGGGUCUUCGCCGGCGUCACCACCAGUGUACUGCGGUGCCUGGGCAUCGCCACGCGCACAGUGACCAACUACAACUCCGCGCACGACACGGACGUCAGCCUCACCAUGGACAUCUACUUUGACGAGAACAUGAAGCCCCUUGAGAAGCUCAACGCUGAUUCAGUCUGGAACUUCCACGUGUGGAACGACUGCUGGAUGAAGCGCCCUGACCUCCCACCUGGCUUUGACGGGUGGCAGGUGGUGGAUGCCACCCCCCAGGAGACCAGCAGUGGGAUUUUCUGCUGUGGGCCCUGCCCCGUGGAAGCCAUCAAGAAUGGGCUGGUCUACCUGAAGUACGAUGCCCCCUUCAUCUUUGCCGAGGUGAACAGCGACAAGGUAUACUGGCAGCGCCAGGCCGAUGGCAACUUCAAAAUCGUGUACGUGGAGGAGAAUGCCAUCGGGCGCCUCAUCAGCACCAAGGCCGCGGGCUCGCACCAGCGCCACGACAUCACCCACCUCUACAAGCACCCUGAGGGCUCAGAGGCGGAGCGCAAGGCGGUGGAGACAGCAGCCCGCUAUGGCACCAAGGCACACGUGUAUGCAGGGCGCAGUGGCGGCGAGGACGUGGUGGUGAGCGUGGAGGCCACCGAAGCAGUGACGGGACAGGACAUGCACCUGAGUGUGGCACUGACCAACCGCAGCACCGGGCCCCGCUCCGUCAGCCUCAACCUGCACGUGGCCAUCACCUACUACACUGGUGUUGCUGGGCCCGUCGUCAAGCAGGAGCGCCGCCAGGUCGAGCUCCCGCCCAACGGAGCCCAGACAGUGCCCCUGGUGGUGUCGUACGCGGAGUACCAGCCGCACAUGGUGGACCAGUGCGCCAUGAAGCUGAGCGUGUCAGGGAAGGUGGCUGAGACCGGGCAGGUGCUGGCCAAGCAGCACAACUUCCGCCUGCGCACGCCUGACCUCACCCUCACGCUGGUGGGCCCAGCCAUAGUGGGGCAGGAGACCCAUGUCCAGAUCGUCUUCAAGAACCCGCUGCCUCAGACGCUGAAGGGGGCUGUCCUCCACAUGGAGGGUGCCGGGCUGUGCAGCCCCAAGACCAUCACCGUGGGGGACAUCGCCGGGUACCAGACGGUGCGGCUGCGCCAAAACUUCGUGCCCCUGCGGCCUGGGCGCCGCCAGCUGGCGGCCAGCCCGGGCAGCCCCCCGCUC